AUGGAAUGAAGGUUUUAUCUGUGGCAGAGCUCAGUCAUACCUUUAGGACCUGGAGUGGUCAGAAGCAAAAAGGUUUUCACAAAAAACUAAUUUUUUUUUCCAGGUAAUCAUAAUACAAGCUCCAGGAGAGUGCUACCUAAGCUGACAGUCCUGAAUCACCCUCAAGGCUGAGUCUGCCGGCUCGAGGAGCCGAGACUGUGAGAAUGGUGGAGGACGAGCUGGUUUUCUUUGUGAACGGCAAGAAGGUGGUGGAGAAGAUUGCAGACCCAGAAACAACACUGUUGGUUUACCUUCGUAGAAAAUUGGGUUUGAAGGGGACCAAGCUUGGCUGUGGAGCAGGAGGCUGUGGGGCCUGCACUGUGAUGCUGUCCAGGUUUGACCGGCUACAGAACAAAAUUGUCCACUCCUCUGCCAAUGCUUGCCUCAUCCCCAUCUGUGCCCUGCACCAUGUCGCCGUGACGACUGUAGAAGGGAUUGGAAGUACCAAGACGAGGCUGCAUCCUGUGCAGGAGAGGAUUUCCAAAAGCCAUGGCUCCCAAUGUGGAUUCUGCACCCCUGGUAUCGUCAUGAGCAUGUACACUCUGCUCCGGAACAACCCUGAGCCUUCCAUGGAGGAGAUCGAGAACACGUUCAGAGGAAACUACUGUCGCUGCACAGGAUAUAGACCCAUCCUGGAGGGCUUCAGGACUUUUGCUAAAGAUGUGGGAUGCUGUGAGGGAAAAGGAAAGAACCCAAACUGCUGCCUGAAUGAAAAGGAAGACAAUUCGGUCACACUCUUGCAGUCCCUGUUCAAUCCUGAGGAAUUCAUGCCCUUAGAUCCCACUCAGGAGCCCAUCUUCCCACCGGAGCUGCUGCAGCUCAGAAAUGCCCCUCGGAGGCAGCUUUGUUUCCAGGGGGAGCGUGUGAGGUGGAUCCAGGUAGCCACCCUGAAGGAGCUGCUGGACCUCAAAGCUCAGCACCCGGAAGCCAUGCUGGUGGUGGGGAACACCAAAGUGGGGAUUGAGAUGAAGUUUGAAAACAAAGUGUACCCAGUCCUAGUUUGUCCGGCCUGGAUCCCUGAGUUGAAUGCUGUGGAGCACGGAACAGAAGGCAUCUCCUUCGGCGCCUCCUGCACCCUGAGUUUCAUGGAAGAGACACUGGCAAGUGCCGUGACCAAGCUCCCCGCCCACAAGACGGAGGUGUUCCAGGGAAUCUUGGAACAGUUACGCUGGUUUUCUGGGAAGCAGAUCAAAUCAGUUGCGUCCAUCGGGGGAAACAUCAUGGCCGCCAGCCCGGCUUCAGACCUCAACCCCUUGUUCAUGGCGAGUGGAGCCCAACUGACAUUGGUGUCCAAAGGAAAGAGAAGAACCAUCCAGAUGGAUCACACCUUCUAUAUGGGCUUUGGAAAGACAAUCCUCACCCCAGAGGAGAUACUCCUCUCUAUCCAGAUCCCCUACAGCAGAGAGGAUGAAUACUUCUCUGCCUUCAAGCAAAUCUCCCGUCAUGAUGUGACCUGUGGAAUGAGAGUCCUGUUCAAUCAGGGUACCAUCCAGGUGCAAGAGCUGGAGAUGAGUUUCGGGGGAUUGGGAAAUAGAAUCCUGCAGGCCCCAGAGACCAGCAGAAAGCAGACAGGAAGGGACUGGGACGAGUCGUUGCUGGUGGAUGUGUGCGCUGGGCUGGAGGAGGAGCUCCGCUUGGCUCCCGAUGCGCCGGGUGGAAAGGUGGAGUUCCGGCGCACGCUCACCCUCAGCUUCUUCUUCAAGUUCUACCUCACCGUGCUCCUGAAACUCAGCAAGAAGAGUAUGAGAGGGAAGUGUGACAAACUGGACCCCACCUGUGUCAGCGCCACUUUUCACUUUCACAAAGAUCCCCCGGCCAACGUCCAGCUUUUCCAGGAAGUGCCAAGAGGGCAGUCUGAGGAAGACAUGGUGGGCCGGCCUCUGCCCCACCUCGCAGCUGCCAUGCAGGCCUGUGGAGAGGCCGUGUACUGUGACGACAUCCCCCUGUAUUCCAAUGAACUCUAUCUGUGGCUGGUGACCAGCACCAAGGCCCACGCCAGGAUCAAAUCGAUCGAUACGUCGGAAGCCCAGAAUGUCCCCGGAUUUGAGUGCUUCCUCUCGGCCGACGAUAUUCCUGGAAGUAAUAUCACUGGGCUAUUCAGUGAUGAAACAGUCUUUGCUAAGGAUGAGGUCACUUGCAUCGGGCACAUCAUCGGAGCUGUGGUGGCCGACACCCCUGAGCACGCCCAGAGAGCUGCUAGAGCCGUGAAGAUCACCUACGAGGAGCUCCCUGCAAUCAUCUCGAUCGAGGACGCCCUGAAGGAGAAGUCAUUUCAUACGGGUAACUUUCUGCUGAAGAUUGAGAAAGGAGACCUCCAGAAGGGAUUUGCUGAUGCUGAACACAUCCUCGAAGGAGAGGUCUACAUAGGUGGACAGAAGCACUUCUAUCUGGAGACUCACUGCACCAUUGCGGUCCCCAAAGGAGAAUCAGGAGAGAUGGAGCUCUUCGUGUCCACCCAGAACAUAAACGUGACACAGCGUUAUGUUUCCAAAGUCUUGGGUGUCCCACCAAACCGGAUUUUAGUUCAUGUGAAGAGACUGGGAGGAGGUUUUGGAGGAAAGGAGUCCAGAACCACUAUAUUAUCCACAGUGGUGGCCGUCGCCGCACACAAGACCGGCCGGCCCGUACGCUGCAUGCUGGACCGAGAUGAAGACAUGCUGGUGAUGGGCGGGAGGCAUCCCUUCAUGGCCCGCUAUAAGGUUGGCUUCCUGAAGAAUGGGAAAGUGGUGGCUUUGGAAGUUGAAUACCAUAGCAAUGCGGGAAACAGCAUCGAUCUCUCGAAGAGUAUUAUGGAGUCAGCUUUAUUCAACAUGGACAACUGCUAUAAAAUCCCCAACAUCCGGGGCACCGGAAAACUUUGCAAGACCAACCUGCCCUCCAACACGGCCUUCCGGGGCUUCGGGGCUCCUCAGGGAAUGUUCAUCGCUGAGUCCUGGAUGAGUAAAAUUGCUGUGAAGUGUGGCCGCCCACCUGAGGAAGUGCGGAGGCUGAACAUGUACGAGGACGGGGACCUGACUCACUUCAAUCAGAAACUGGAGGGGUUCAUGGUGCCUCGGUGCUGGUCCGAGUGCCUGGAGAACUCCCAGUACCAUGCCAGGAGGAUGGAGGUUGAGACGUUCAACAGGGAGAAUGCCUGGAAGAAGAGGGGAUUGGCUAUAAUUCCCACCAAGUUUUCAAUAAGUAUUGGCAUCCCGUUCCUGAACCAGGCUGGGGCCCUGGUGCACGUGUACACAGAUGGCUCUGUGCUGCUCACCCAUGGGGGGAUUGAGAUGGGCCAAGGCCUGCACACCAAGAUGAUCCAGGUGGCCAACAGAGUCCUGGGAAUCCCAAUGUCCAAAAUCUACAUCAGCGAGACGAGCACCAACACAGUGCCCAACACUUCUGCAACAUCCGCCUCCCUCGGCACAGACCUUAACGGGAUGGCUGUCCAGGCAGCGUGUAAAACUAUUCUGGAAAGGCUGAAGCCAUUCAAAGACCAAAAUCCUAAUGGUUCCUGGGAGGACUGGGUGUCAGCAGCCUACAGGGCACCAGUGAGUUUAUCAGCAACAGGGUUCUACAGUACCCCUAACCUGGGCUAUAAUUUUGAGACCAAUUCGGGAAAUCGCUUCAAUUACUUCUGCUAUGGGGUGGCGUGUUCUGAGGUGGAGAUUGACUGCUUGACAGGCGACUACCAGAACAUUCGCACAGACAUCGUCAUGGAUGUCGGCACCAGUCUGAAUCCAGCAAUAGAUAUUGGUCAGGUGGAGGGAGGAUUUGUUCAGGGCCUUGGGCUCUUCACCCUGGAGGAGCUGCAUUAUUCACCUGAGGGGAAACUGCUGACCCAAGGACUCGAUUCCUACAAAAUCCCUGCUUGUGGCGACAUCCCCACCAAGUUCCAUGUGACUCUGCUCCGAGACUGCCCCAACCAGAAAGCCAUCUUCUCAUCCAAGGCUGUCGGAGAGCCUCCCCUCUUCCUCGCCGCCUCAAUCUUCUUCGCCAUCAAGGACGCCAUUGGUGCAGCCCGAGCCCAGGGAUCCGAGAGCCAACUGGACCCGCUUUUCCAACUGGACAGCCCGGCCACCCCGGAGAGGAUCCGCAAUGCCUGCAUGGACAGAUUCACUAAGCUGUGUGGUACUGAGGUGCCGGCAAACUUCAAGCCAUGGUGUAAGAGAGUAUAAAGAGGAAGGCCUGCGAAGAAUCAUGCUGAGCUGAGACUGCUUCUGGGAGUCCCUGACCCAAGCUUCUACCCAGGACCACUCCUAUGACUGAUAUGUCACAUUCUCUGUUUGAGGAAAUUGUAUGUGUGGGAAGAUUUAAUCCAGCAAUGAGGGACUAUAAUUAUAAGCAAAUUAAGAACUUUUCCCGAUAAUCUCCGUGGAGAAUUUAUACUUAUUUUAAUGAAAAAUGAAUGCCUGAUACCAAAUUUCACUGUUUAAAUUCAGAAAGACAGCCUCAGAAGGUAACUAUGAAGCUAAGUGCAAUUUGUCUUAGGAACCUCUACCUUAACGUUCAACACCGGACAGCUGAUAUAUCUUUAGAUUCUCGAUUCUCAUUUGUCGAAGUGAGGUAAAGUUAGCAUGAGUUCUAGCGAUGGAGAGGAACAUCUAAUAUGGAUCUUGCACAGGCACGUAGGCGACUACAAGCUUGGGUCUGAUACUGUACUUGAAUUUGUCUGUGAUGGAAGAUGAAGACCUUCUCGCUGGCCAAACUGGUGUCUUCAUGGUGGGGUGCCUGUGCUAAGACAGUCCAGUGGUGGGGCUUUGAGGAGGAAGAGGAUAUUCACACUCUAAACCUAGUGAAGUGCUCUCAGACCUAACUAACCCUUGGGUUCUAGCGGGGCCCUGGGCUAUUUCUGAGCAUGGUACCAGUUGCAGAAAGGAAUGUUGUGCUAUUAGCCAGAAUGUUGUGCCUCUUUGCUUUCCUCUAGACUGGAAGCUUCUCAUGGACAGGGAAUGUAUCUACCGACCCUGUUGUACUCACCCAUGUGCUCUAUACAUUGUACUAUAAGUGCUCAAUAAAAUACAUUGAUUUAUUGAGGCACUGGG